AGAAAUGGCAGCAAAACAAGUGAGAGCCGAGCUUGACGCCAAGGCUAGGCAGGGUGAGACUGUUAUCCCUGGUGGCACUGGUGGUAGGAGUCUUGAAGCUCAGGAACAUCUCGCUGAAGGGAGGAGCCGAGGAGGACAGACGAGGAAGGAGCAGUUGGGGACUGAAGGGUAUCAGGAGAUGGGUCGAAAGGGUGGGCUGAGCACCACCGAGAAGUCAGGAGGGGAGCGUGCGGCUCGAGAGGGGAUUGAGAUCGAUGAGUCCAAGUUUAGGAAAAAUACUUAAUAAUUAGCUCUUUGGUUCUCUCUCUCUCUCUCUUUUGUGUUUUGCUUUUCU